AUGGACAACAUGAACUCGUUUGUGGAAUACUCCAUCGGUAACCGACCGGGCACCGGCGCGUCCGGUUACAACCCGUAUCACCACCAUCUGCACCAACACCACCCUCUGGAGCAGCACCAGGGCUUCCCGGUGACCUCCGGGCCUUUCCACGCGGGGCCCACCGGCUCCCCGGCUCCCGUUAAAGGCACGAGAGGUGACAGCGGCACCGUGGGAGCCGCGUACACCGGGGAUGCGCGGCUGUACGGGGGCUCUGGGGCCGCGGUGGACCCUCAGCAGCAUCAGCAACAUCAUCAUCAUCAUCAUGAACAGCAGGAGCAUCACCAGCAGACGCACAGCGGCUACCAUCAGCAGCUGCACCCGGGCCAGAGCCUCCAGAGCGGGACACCGUCGGCCUAUAACACCGGGAGCAGCGGCGGCACCGGGGCCUACGUGGGCCAGGCGUGCUCCACGAGCCCCGAGUAUUCUAGCCCUGCCAACACCGUGCACCCCCAGUACUUCAUGGAGGAGCCCGUGGCCUCCUCCUACUAUCAUCAAUCAAGCUUCCCCAGCUCGGCCCCCACCGUCGGGCCCAGCUACGGGGCUCUGGCCGGGGCCUACUGCGGGCCGCAGGGCGCGCUGGCCGGGCCGCAGUACCCGCAGCAGCUCGGCGGGGGUCUGGACGCGGCGGGCUACCUGGGCCUUCAGCACGGGGGAGGCUACGGGGAGCUGCCGGUGUGCCAAGACCGGGAGAGGGGGGACGAGGAGGGCCACCAGGCCGGGCAAGGGCAGACCUUCGACUGGAUGAAGGUGAAGAGGAACCCGCCGAAAACAGCCAAAGUGUCGGACUUCGGCCUCGCGGGCGCGGCGCACAGCAGCAGCGCGAUGCGCACCAACUUCAGCACGCGGCAGCUCACCGAGCUGGAGAAGGAGUUCCACUUCAGUAAGUACCUGACGCGCGCGCGCCGCGUGGAGAUCGCCGCCACGCUCGAGCUCAACGAGACGCAGGUGAAGAUCUGGUUCCAGAACCGGCGCAUGAAGCAGAAGAAGCGCGAGCGCGAGGGCGCCAGCGCCACGGCGCGCUCCUCUUCAUCCUCCUCAUCCUCCUCUUCCUCCGGGGCCGAUGGAGGAUUCAACAAGGACCCGGAGGACACCGAUCACUCCUCCGCGCCCACGUCUCCGGGCGCGUCCCCGAGCUCGGAGACGUAG